UCUGUUUAUAAAAUAUUGGUUGAUCUAAUUUCUUGCUUUCGGAAUUCCUAGAAUCACUUCUGGCUACUUCGCCUGUAGCUAAUUGGGGCAUUGAACAAAGCUGAAUGUAUGGUGGAGUUUGAGUAAUUGUGCCGAAGAAACUGAUGUGAGAGAUUAAGAGAUGAAUCUAAGAAUGAAAGUUAAUAGGAGGGCUUUAUGGAAAGAGGUUUAUGGUGAUUUUUAUUGGAAUUUUGUUUAUACUGUAAAAUUCUAGGAUUAUUAAUAUUAGAGAUCAAGGAAUUUUAUCUUAGACAAGAAGAACAGAUGCAUUCGAUCUUUACUGCCUUCAUAAGUGGCGAUGAGGUCAUAGUCGACAGUCACUACCACCAGUCUGAAGUUUCCUACAGCAAAGAUGAAAAUAAAGCAAUCCGGAGUUGGAUUUGAUGCUGGAAAGUAUAUGGAACAAAUACUGGGCACCAGCACUAUUAAGUGAUUCACAAAAAUAAUCAACAAGAUUUGGAAAGUCACUUCAUUGAAAAUAAAAUUU